ACUUGGCUAGCUGAAUUGGAUCCUCUCCUAGAUGUUAGGAGAAAUAACUAUCGCCAAGUUUGAAUUUGCUAAACUUUUAGGCUUUGCUGGCAGGAAAGAAGCAUUCGACUCUUACAGUAUAAAAUGGAUCCAGAAGACAUGGGCUCAGGUAAACUAGGCCAAAUGCUGAAGCAGAUUUGGAGACAAAACCUGAUGCUAAAGCAGGCACUCCUGGGCGCUGACCAUUGUCAAGGAGCUGGUGGGGCCACUUGGAUAGCCACAGUGGUCUUUCUGGGUCAAGGGCUCAGUGGGGCCCUUUGUCAACUCUUGGAGCAUACUGCAGGGACCCUGCACGCCACCUGUCAACAGCUGUAUGGACUGCUCGACAAGGAGAAUCAAUGCACUUGGACACAAGAAAUCGUUUCUUUCAUAGACUGCCUCAUGAAAAUAAAUGAAUAUUUGGGGAGCACUGCUAUACUUCUAAAAAAAGAAGAAAAGAAGAUGUGUAAUUUAUGCAGCACGCAUGAUGAAUGUACUCCACUGAGGACAAUGUCUGCUAUUCAAGAUACCAAAGCAACAGACAGUGCUGCAAGAAGGGAACAAAGUGUCAUAGAAACAGCUACUGCUUCUCCCACAAAUGCAGAGGAAAGUCAUUACACAAACCAGGUCCAUUUAAAGAAAGAUAAAACACAUAUGAGUUUGGAAUUAGUGGAAAAAGAAAACAAUACAGCAUUGAGUGGUACUGUAACAGGGCAAGAAGAGUCACAGGACAAAAUGCUCCUAAAUAAUGCAGAAAAUGGAGAUGAUAAACAAAUAGAGCACGUGAGUGUUGAGAACAUAAAUGGCAACAGGGAAGAGAUGCAUGACAUAAUCCAGACAACAGAGAGAGAAAUUCAAGAGACUUCAGAAAACCAAAGAGAAGAGAUUACCACAUCCUCAGUAACAUGUGACAUCGCGAAUAAAUAUGUGAAUAGUCUUCUUCCCAAUGAUUCAGAGAGUCUAAAGCCAAAAGAGAACAUAAUGGAAAAGGAGUAUCUUGAUGUGCUAAGUGAUGAUACUGGCCCCCAGGUGUGUGGUUAUAUCACGGCACCACCACACGUUCUACAACACCUAGAAUGCCGAAUAAUUAACAGCAUGAGUUCUUUCAUAGUGAGUGAAUAUGAAGAGUUGGUCAGCAAUGUCAUCACUGUAGAGUGCUCCAAUAUGGAAAAGAGAAUUCCAUUUCCAAUAUGCAUUGCCAUUCCAUUUACUGCACGUUACAGGGGAAAUUACAGAGACAUCAUGGUGAAAGUGUCUGACAUCAACCUUCAGUCAAGUUACCUAACCCCAAGUUCACUGGAAGGAAUGAGAGGAAGUUACAAGGGGACCUGUGCUGAAGUGAAAGUUUACAAGUUGGGGAUCUUUUCUGUUGUGUCUUGUUUAAAGAAAGAGUCCUUCACAGUAACAAAGAAAGGCCUUGCUCUGAAGCCAAGCAUGGAUUCUCGAAUAUCCUUAAAUUACCCUCCAGGAGUUUUCAGCUCACCAGUGCUUGUACAAUUAAAGGUCCUACCUGUUGACCCAUCUCUGGUGGCAUAUUUAAAAACACAGCUAGAUACUUCCUACUCCGUACUAUCCACCAGCCCUUUGGUUCAUGUUCAGCACCCAUCAACACAUCCUUUCCAGAAGCCAGUCACUGUAUUCCUACCUUGUUCUCCUCACCUGGAUAAAAAGAAUCUGGGGUCUGAGAUAGAUCAUAAAAGAACAGCUAGUGUCACAGCAAAUAGGAUUGUACCUUUAUACCUCAACCGGACAAAAAGUGCUUCCAUAAGAAAACCUAGGAACAAUGCCUGUGAAUCUUUGAAAUUACUGGGAUUCAGAAGCCGAGACAGUGGUUGGUUUGGGCUUGAUGAUGUGCUGGUGAGAACCACACAGAGUGGCCUGAUAUCAUUUGAAUUGUGUGCACAUUUAGAAAGGUUUAUUGUGUUGCACCUGUCUUCCAUUGUGGACAACAGUCAUUUGGUUUCCUUUGUGAAAUCUUUAGAGGAAGCCAUGCUCAGCACCACUGCCUGUGUUGUCCUGUAUCACCAGAAAGACAGUCCACAUAGAGUCGUUAUUUUAGUGGUGCCUUCUAAAGAUUUAAACCAGGUGCUUAGGAACCUGCGUUUGGAAGCUUUCAGUGGUCUUCUAGAGUCAUCUCGCCACUUCCAAGUAAAAGAAGGAGAACAACUACUUUUAAAGUUUACUGGAAACAUAUUUGCCUCAAGCAAUGGGAAGGAUUAUGGAAAAGACUACAAAAUUAUUUUUCAUUUACAAAGAAAACCCAGGCUGGAACUCCAAAUCAAAGAGGUGGAUGAAUUUGGAAACUAUAGCUGCCCUCAUUAUAAGGGCACCAUCGUAGUUUAUAAAGUACCUAAAGAAAAGAUAGCCCACAACUUGGAUCAAUCUCUUAUACUUAAUGAAAACCAUGAUCAGUUUCCAGUUUGCAAAUUACCAUUGAGAUUGCCAAAGCAUGAAAAAUUAAUCCACCGUCCACAGAGUACCAAAAGAAUUUCUGCAGACCCUCGAGAAGCCCUGUGGGAUAACCUGCUCUACUGGCUGGCAGAGGAGCUCUCGGAAGAAAACGCCACAUGUCUCUACUCAUCCCUCCCUCUUCGCCGGAGCACCAUUCAGCUCAUCAAACUGAAGAACCCAGAUGACCUCACAGAACAGAUCCAUGAACUUCUUUGCUUCUGGAAAAAAUCACUCCCAAAUUCCAUGGAUAAACUUUGCCUUCUGGCUCGUCAUCUCCGCAAGAUCGGCAGGAGUGAUCUUUCUGAAGAGCUCAAAUUCAAGUGGGAAAAUAAAGUGUUCACCGAACGACAGCAGUGGUUCGAUAAGGCAGAGUAAAGCCUGGUUGCUCUUUUUUUUUGGCCCUAGAAAAAGGGUCAUCAGUUUUUUUUGUUUGUUUGUUGGGUUGGUGUUUCUGUUGUUUAAUUUCUUCUGUAUUAAAUAAUUGUUCUAAUUAAAAACCGAGGUAUUGAAAUGUACAUGUGUUGCAGCCCUUAAAGAAUAACAAUUUUAAAGUCCUUUUAUUUAGAACUCAGUGUAAAUAAGUAUCCAGUCUUAAAUCAUAAAUUCAGUUUGUUGGUUUGUUUUUAGUUUGAAUGAUGGGAAUGUUUUGUUCUAUACAGUAACUUCUUUGCUGGUUAUUGUGUAACUAGAGUAUGAGACAGAACGACUACAAUGUCUGCACUGCAUUAUAAAUAUUUCCAUAUGUUGGGAAAGCCCUUUGUAUUUUUCAAAGCCAUUUCAUGUGUCCCUCAUUUAAGAAGCCAUAGUGUUACAGUUCUACUUCAUUUCAGAGUGCAAGGCCAUCCCAGAGGUAUGAGGACUAGAGAAGGUACACUCUGCACUCUGCUUGUCCCCUACAAUCUAAUGGGAGAGGAAUUAGAGCAGAAGGGGUGGCACUACCCUUUUGGUAGUGUCACCAUGAAGCUGACCAAGCAAGAAAGGCCAGUUGUUGAUGUCCAAACUGAUGGAACACUGAGGCAAAAGCAACCAGGUGUUUGUCAAAAUUUAGUAUUUACUAGUGGAUUACAGGAUGAUGGGUAAAUUGUUUUCACUUUGCUACUUACAACUUUUGUCUUUUCCAGUUUUUCCUCAAAGUGCUUUUUUGUUUUCAAUAAGAAAAACAUCCUUCAUUUGCCAGUUGUUAGAGAAAAGCAAAAGAAGACCAGAGUGAGUACAUGGCAGGGCAGAUCUGGGAGGUUGAAGAUAAAAUGGGAACCGAGACUUGUUAUACAAGAGAAGGAAAGAAAACUAGGCCUCCCUGUGGCUGGCUGGCUGUGAAGUAUUCUUCUUCACAUAUGCUGGUUCUUCUUAGUGCACUGAUCGAAUGAGGCUUUUUAUGCUGUCUCAACCCUCAUGAUGUAGCUAUUGUGGCAUUAACGAGUUUUACCAUGACUUUUUCAUAUUGUUUUGGUGUCAGUAACCCUUCUGUUGUGCUUUUACUUUUUUCCCAAACUUGGGCAACACAGCUGCUGUGUAGCUUUCAGUGGACGGCUUCUCUUGAAGAAUAGAGGGCUUCUGGAGAAUGCUUUCAUUUACUUCCAUCAACCGUCUUCUAACGUAGCUUGAUAUGGUGUGUUCUCCUCCAUCCGAGCAGUAAAUAUUACACAGAGGUAGAAGUUCUCUUAGAAACUAUACCCUCCCAUGUAAUUUCCCAGAGACCUUGUUCUAAAGUCUGCUACAGUUUACUGAUUUGAUAGGAAACCCUUCUAAUUGUUUUUCCACUUUGAAGAACUGGAUGAAACCCUGCCACUGUGAUGACACAUAUUCUGUUAGAGUGCUGCAGUAGACAGUGUUCCUCACAGGGUUUCCUUUUGACAUCCACUUUGUACCAGUGAGGGAAGUAACUAUCCCUAACCCAGAGAACCGCAGGCUCUGACGUCACCACCGCCUUUGUAGCCAUG